CACUGACAAGUCAUGAUGUGCCUGCCAUCAGUACUUACUGUCUUCAGUCUUCUCAUCAUCGGUGUUCAUGCCAACUGCAAAUCUUCCAUCUCCAUGUUGAAGCUUCAGGGGUUCACUGUACGUUCUUUCCAAAGUCCAAGCAUCCAUGAAUGUUUUCAGAGUUGCAAGAAAAACACGGACUGUCUUAGCAUUAACUACUACACAAUAGGUUCUUUGUGUGAACAUAACAAUCGUACGAUCUCACAGGAACCUAAGAAUGCUGUACAAGAUGAACGUGCUACAUACUUUGACGACCAAGUGGACAUCCCAUACAGAGAUUGCUUGGAGAUCUACGAAUCAGGUGAGAAACGUAGCGGCAUCUACCCAAUCAAGCCCGACAGCCAAAGACCCUUUCAAGUCUACUGUGACAUGACAACUGACGGAGGGGGGUGGACAGUGUUCCAGAGAAGACAAGAUGGAUCUGUUGACUUUUAUCGUGACUGGCAGCAAUACAAAAAAGGUUUUGGGGACUUGAAAGGUGAGUUUUGGUUGGGUAAUGACUACAUCUAUCGCCUGACAGCAAGAACACCCUGGAGUCUAAGAGUGGAUCUGCAGGACUGGGGAGGAGUGCAUAAACAUGCCAAAUAUGGUAGUUUUAGUAUCAGUGCAGAGUCAGACAAAUACAGACUAAAAGUAUCCUCGUAUUCAGGUACUGCGGGAGACUCGUUUGCACAGAGGCACAAUAAYCUUUACUUUAGCACCAAAGAUCGUGAUAAUGACCCAACUGGGAGUGGCAACUGUGCAGUUACAUCGCACGGUGCCUGGUGGUACGAUACAUGCUAUAGUAGUAAUUUGAAUGGUUACUACUUUCAAUCACCUAAGAACAAUUACACGGCAAUGGCUUGGGACAGUUUUCACUCAGAAAUUUCAUUGAAAUCUUCUGAAAUGAAAAUACGUCGUUGAAMAUUWUUUGGAAUAUUUUCUUACCGUGUGAAACAUUUUAAGYCRAAAAARCAUCAAGCAAAGUUGGAAAUGAAAAAAAAAAAAAAAA